CCUCUUACCGUCACCGUGCCGCCACUGUUAACUGGAUGCCCAUCGUGGUGGUCGACCUCCACGAUGCCGAAGGACUCUUCCAGACGACCGCUUCCCACCUCCUCCGUCGACUUUGCCCUACCCCCAUCGAGCGUGGCUUCGACGUCGUCCCACACCUCGGAUGAAUCGGCGUUAAUGCACAGAAUACGACGCCCAAGUAUACUAGCACCCAAAGCGAGCUUUCUAUCCGACGCUCGUCUGUCGAGCCCGUUAGCCACAUCCUUCACACUGCAUUCCUCGUCGAGGCACAAGAACACCCACCACGACUCACCGUCUGACCUGUCUGAUGGCAGUAGCGGAGCAAUACGUACCGAUAGCUCAUCCUCUGGGGAUACCACUCCUUCUAUUGGUAUAGAAGAUGAUGCCACCCAAGAAACCAAAAUUCUUCGACCUUACCUCUCUUCCCCUCGCAGGUUGUCGUCGUCAAUGGCCGACGCCCAAGACUCGCGUCCUUAUCCCCGACGCAGAUUAUCCUUUCCUCCGAAACAACCCCGUAUACUGAACCUCCUCGCUGAAUCUCGCCCUGUCGAAAAUGAAGUCAAGUCCGAGGCCGCCUUUCAACGAUUGGUGGCUUCCGGGGCUGAACUUCCCCUUCAACCCCACAUCCCCCGUUCCGCAUCCGACCGGGGUCGUUAUCCUGAAGAGGCUGGUCAUGAUGAUUUCCAGAGGGAAGACACCCCCAGCGAUGAUGAGGACUACGGUCCCUUCGCCUACACUCCUUCUAGUCAUAGCGAUCCAAUCAACAUUGUCAAUCGUCGUAAGAAUGCUAGUGGAGAGGACCUUGACAUUUCUGAGAGUUCCAGUUUGAUGGACGUUGAUGCUCCUUCCUGUUCACCCAUGUCGACAUCAUCAAUGACCCAAUGGAGGUACACACCACCUCCCACGACAAGUGCUGUGAGGUCGGCGAAACGCAAAUUUGAUGAUCGUUUUGACCCAUAUCCCGCCUCAAAACGCCGAGCCGUUUCCCCUUCGAUCCCCCACCUUCGUGACCCACAUUCCACGCUAGGCUCUCCUCGAGGAAGUAACAGGAUACCUAUUGCCAUUCCUGUAUCAAUACCGUCAUCAAACGUCAAUUCUACUACAUCUUCCCCGACAAUAUCCGGAUCGUACCCUCGUUCUAUGAGCAUAACGUCUAGUCCCACAUUACGAGCAUCGAUGGGUUUGUCUAGCCCGAUUAUCAGACCUGUUCCUCGAACUCGGAGGUUUGAUGGAGAAGACAGGGAGGUAGAUGGGGCUGGCGAAGCCGUCGGUGGCCUUAGUCUCGGAUGA